AGCGCAAUUGCAAUUUGUAGUCGCAGUGAAGUGCAAAGAACGCUGAGUACAUUUCUCGAAAGAAACAAAAAAAAACUUCCUUUUGAAGGCUACAGUUUUUCGCUACUCAAAUAAAGGUAGGGGACUUGGGGUAGUAUGUAUUUAUUGAUAUACAAUAAAGCAGUUCAGAACUAGACGUUUGAUUUAUUUGCGUGACGCAUGUUAAUAAAAUAUAGAUACUAACGCAAUAGAAAAAGCUUUCAAUCUCGCGCUAUUAAACGUUGUCAAGUCCGCUAGACCUGGAAACAAAUGCGACCUCAGGACCCUGAACGUUUGUUUUGGGAAGAUUGAGGAACAAUUUUCACAUAUAUGGGAGAAUCCUUAGGUAUCAUUAUAUAAUUUGAGACAUGUGACAUAAAUACAGUUUAUAAGUAUAUAUACUUUGUUGUUGCAUAAAAAACACGUUUUCUUUUUGUUUAGCCGUAAAGAAAUAUGGAGCCACAGCAGCAACCCCCUCCUUAUUCAGCAGGCACAAGUGCUCCAUACCCGUCCAAAGCUGGAGGUCCACCUAUGCAAGCUGGUCAUGCACCGAUGCAGCCAGGAUACCAGGCUAACUCAGGAUACAGGGCGGCUAACCCUGGCUACCCAUCUGGUGCAAAUCCUGCAAUAACCACCACAACAACGAGAACAGUUGUACAACAACAACCUCCUGUGAUGAUCAGCCCUUGUUACAUGUACGGAGAGUUGCCAGUCAGUAUGCAGUGCCCGACUUGUCAUACGCAAAUUGUUACCGCAACUGAAUUUGCCCCUGGAGCCCUAAGUUGGCUUGCCUGUUGCGGAUUGGCUGCGGUUGGGUAAGUGACACCUCGCUGUUUUUGAAAACAAUAUAAAUAAAUAGAAAUGUAGGCUGAUGACGUAUAACCGUUUAAGGUUGUUCACCGCAGCCAAUCAUUUCCCAAUCCAAGAAUCUAAAAAUUAAAUUUUCAGAAAAAAAACUUCCCACUGUAUAUAAAAAUAUAAAUUUCAUGCAAACAUUACAUUGUAUUCAAUAUGUCAAUUUAAUAGUAAAAUGAAGAAGCGAAGGUAAAUUUCCUCCUCUACAGGAAUCUCACCAUAGAGAUGCAAUAUUUUGGUAUUGACUUGCAAUAUUUUAAUGUUGACCCACAGUGGCUCAAACUAUUAAUUAUAGGGUUAUCUGAAUAGUUUAACAUUUAGUUAAUUCAGAUAACCUGUGUCAUGUCAGUUUAAAUUCAAUUAUUAUUUCAUUCUUGUAACUUUUAUUUUAAUGGCGCUAAUAAAUUACAUGUUAUGUGGAGGCGUAAGCUAGACACUAAUCUGCCCUUUCUUAUAUCAUUUUAGAUGUGUACUUGGCUGUUGUUUCAUUCCAUUCUGUGUUGACGAGAUGAAGGAUGUCACACAUACAUGUCCCAACUGUAAAGUCAUCCUGGGGAUUUAUCGUAGACUGUGACAAUUGUCAUGACAAAAUGUUAAUCUUGUUAGCCAAGUAGUAGUGAUACACAGCACGCUUGCAGUUCACAUGUGUAGAAAUGUAAAAAUAAAGAUUUAUGACAAAACUCUGUAAAUUAGAGUAUAUUGAAAUGAUAGGAAAGAAUUUCAUAGUCCAAUAUCAAUGAACACUUUUUGCAUUUGCAAGCAUGCAUGAAAAAUCUUGAAAAUAAUAUAUUGCCAGCUUCUCUGCAAUCAUUUAAAAAAUAUGAUAAAUACUCGUACUUAUUAAAAACCAUAUUACAUCAUUUUACACCUGAAAAGAAGGCUUAAACCUUGAAUAAACAAUAUCCGGUAUCUGACCAGAUAUUUUAUGUAUCUGGCGGGAUCCCAGAUGAGAUUAUCCUGGGUAUGGUACCAAUCUGGUCAUGGAAUUAAUACAUAUAAUAGAUAUUUGCACACUCAGAUACGAGAAUAUCCGAGUGUUAAAGUUUUUUAUGUGUUGUUUGGUUUUCAAUUUGACACUUAGAUAUAGCUACUUAGUUUUCUACUUUUUACGCUGUUUCUUCCACUUAUAAACCACAGGUCCGUCUUCACCAGUAUUGACCUUAACUCUCCUUCCCUUACCCAUCAAAUGUUUUUGCAACUCCAUUUGUUGUUCGAUCGCACUUAGAUGCUUUUCUCGUUCGAUUCUCUUUUCCAACUCGUUAUACGCUCGUUUUCUUGCUUUCUCCUGUUCAUUAGUCGUCGUUACUUCACUUUGGUCUGACGGAUUCUUGUUCGUUAGCCCAUAAUGUGCUGCCGGGUCAAAGGACUCCAUUUCAUCUUUUGAAUCGACAAAAACAGUACGAGAAUUAACAUGGGUGUCUCGCUCUCUGAUCAAGUGAAGCGAACACUGAAGCCUCUCAACUUUUUUCUUCUCGGUAAUUCUCUUCAUUCUAGCAUAAUUGAGAUCCUGGCUUUUCAUCAUUUUCAGUUGCUCAUUAGUAUGCGGUUUUUUACUUUCAACAACAUGAACGCCAUUGCGUGUUUUAGUGUUAAUCAUUUUAUAAUAAAACUCAUCUGGAUUCUUGUUUCUGGCCUUCUCACGAAGCAGUUUAAGGUGGUCCUCCUUUCGAUGAAAGUCCUUGGCUCUUUGAACAUAAUCUUUGUGUUUUUCAAGCAAACCAAAUUGCUUUCUUUUUGCAGGCUGGCUUCGUUCCCUAUGCGUUCUUUGCAAACUCUUCUUGGCGUUCUUAAAAGACGACAUGUUUUCCACAAGCCUUGUGUAGUUUACGGAGUAAAAUUGUUCUUAAAUAAGUAGAAAAAUGCAAUGAAAUUUCACUCAGAACCUUACACGUCGCCUUAAAACAGCGUCCAUUUUGUUUUUACACCCGAUUCACA